AUGGCUGCAAAUGGUACGCACCUCAUCAGCCCUUCAGCAGCCACGCGAUCAGUCUCAUCACCCACGACGCACGGCAAUGGUACUUUCGCCAUUUCCGCCGAUACUUUCCCCCCCUUCGGUCGACCAGACUUUAUUAACUCUCAUCCCCAAGGCAAUAACUACCCGCCAAGCCAAAACGGCGCCUCUCCAAACUGGAACCCUGCGGCCCUCCUGCAGCCCCAUCGCAGGACACAGAGCGGAUUCCAGCCUUCUCGCUCGGGAAAUCCCAGUGCUCCCACGUCUCCCUUUCUAGGCCCAAGAGAGGUUCUGCCCGCCAGGGCCAGUACUCCGCUUGUAUUCCAGUUCGAUAGCAGGCAUGGCAGUCCUUCUGCUGGCCCGUCAAGCCAAGCUUCGACGCCGUCCAGUGAUACCCCGGGUGCUAACGGCCAGGGGCAGUGGAUUGAGCGGAUGAAUAACGUUCAAAGCCGGCCAGAUGUUCCUCAGCCCAAGAGACGCAAAACCGAAGAUGGUCAGGACUUUCAGUUCAGGACUAAUGUUCCUGUGCGCAGCAGCAGUGGGGUCUUUGGAGACUAUGUUAGAGACAUGCAGUAUAAAGCUAGGAUCAGUGCUGCUCCAACGGCCCUGUCUAUGACUGUCGAUUUAACUGAGGGUGAGGACCCCUUCCCCUUGCCAGGUCAAAUAUUUCGCUCUCGAUCAAGGACUAACACAGCUUUACCACGCGCAGGCAAUGAUGACGAGGCGACUGUGGUCGAGGACCCCAGAGACGAAGAAGUCUGCUACGGAAUGGUGCAGACCAGCUUAAAUUGCUCAAAGGUCCCAUCACCAAAACCCGGCACUAAGAGCAUUUUUGGUGAGGGGUUCAAUCCGGCCAUCAAAAUUGUUCUCAAACGCCAAGUAGGGGACAAGACGCAAAAAAUCCAGGCUUACGACCACACAAGAGAUAUCAUUGGCUUGGUUGACGCUUCUAGUGCAGCUGCAUUGUCGCCAUUGCUUGAUUCCAAUAUUCGAAUGAGGACUGACUGCCGCAUUCAACAGCGUAAGAAGGAGCCUGGUGAAGAACCAGGCCAACCCACGUCGAGAUCCUACCCACUAGAUGUGGUAGUCUAUGGUCGGAUCAGAUACUCCAAAAGCGUGGGGAACUGGUUGGGCAAGCAUAAGCUUAGGCUCAUCGCCCCCUACCUGGUGCAAAAAGGCAUUCGCGUUCACAAUCCGCAUGUGGUUGAAUACCGCCCACCCCCACCAAAAGUUUAUAACCCCGAAAUGAACGGUUCCUCGGUCAGCUCUUCAACAAGGACUGUGGAAGAAAUGCGCUCUGAGGUCAUGGGUGUCUUCGACUCGCUUACCCGCAGUGAGGACCUCCCGUUGAGGGACCCUGAUCCAAUCAUCACCACUCCACUACUGAAGCAUCAAAAGCAGGGCCUGUCCUUCAUGAUGAGGAGGGAAGAAACCAGAACUAAUGAGCCGGGAGACAAUGCCAUGGUUUCCUUCUGGCAGACAAAGAUAGCACCCAACUACGAGAAGAGAUACUACAACGUUAUUACCCAGCAAACUCAAAGGGAGCCGCCCCCAGAGACUCGUGGCGGUAUCCUAGCUGAUAUGAUGGGUCUGGGAAAGACCCUCAGCAUAUUAUCUCUUAUAGCUAGUUCGUCUGCAUCUGCGACACAUUGGGAGAGCCUCCCACCUCAACAACCGACAGCCCCAGAGACCAAGCCUUCCAGACAGGAUGUCUUGAGCUCUCAAGCAUCAUUGCAACUCACGCCUCUUUUGCGAAACGCCAAGACAACUUUGCUCAUCUGUCCUCUGAGUACCGUAACAAACUGGGAGGAGCAGAUCAAACAACAUGUUCUCCCUGACAGCCUCUCGUAUCAUAUUUAUCAUGGGUCGAAUCGAAUCAAAGAUCCUGAGAGGCUUGCUUCCUUUGACCUUGUCAUCACAACGUACGGGUCAGUCUCAAACGAACUCAGCGCUCGGAACAAGGGCAAAGAGGGGAUCUACCCCUUGGAGCAGAUCGGUUGGUUCCGUAUCGUUCUAGAUGAGGCGCAUAUGAUUCGUGAACAAGCGACACUGCAAUUCAAGUCAAUUGUUCGCUUGCAAGCAGACCGGCGUUGGGCUGUCACAGGAACGCCUGUUCAAAACCGUUUGGAGGACCUGGCUUCCCUGCUGGCCUUCCUUCGUCUGUAUCCGUUCGAUCACCGCGGCAGAUUCACCCGUUACAUUGUCGAGCCUUUCAAAGCCCUUGAUCCCGAAGUUGUGCCAAGGCUUCGAAUUCUCGUCGACACAGUUACGCUACGACGUCUCAAGGAUAAGAUCAACCUGCCGCCAAGGAAAGAUUUGGUGGUCAGACUCGAAUUCAGCCCUGAAGAACGUGCCAUCUACGACUUGUUCGCCAAAAACGCACAGGAUCGCGUCAAAGUUCUCUCCGGAUCUCAUGAUGGCCAUGUCUUGGGUGGCAACACCUAUAUUCAUAUCUUAAAGGCUAUUCUGCGUCUACGACUUUUGUGUGCGCAUGGGAAAGAUCUUCUCAACGAAGAGGAUCUCAAGUCGCUCCAGGGAAUGUCCGCUGAUAUGGCCAUCGAUAUCGAUGAUGACAACGACGAAAAACCAGCUCUAUCAGAUGCCAAGGCGCACGAAAUGUUUGCUCUUAUGCAGGAAACCAAUAACGAUGCCUGCAUUGACUGUAGCAAGAAGUUGGGUACAAUGGACGCAGCAAACCUCGACUCGGAUGGGCAGGAAGAUGUUCUAGGGUACAUGACGCCUUGCUUCCAUGUGAUCUGCCGAGCCUGUAUUCGAAAUUAUCGGGAUCGAGCCAAAUCUCUCCUGGAUGCAAGCCAGCAAGCUGGGUUGUGCCCUGUAUGCCGUUCUCAUGUCAAGUUCGAGUUCGUACAACUGCAUCGGCGAGAUGUUGAUGCCGAACAUGAUGGGCCUGCUAAAUCCCAAGCAAAGGGAACAAAGAAGAAACUUGACAACUACAGCGGACCUCACACGAAGACCAAGGCCCUCAUCGAGGACUUGCUCAAGUCAAAGGCUGAAAGCGAGGCAAAUCCACAGGAGCCCCCGUUUAAAUCCGUGGUAUUUUCCGCAUGGACCUCGCAUCUUGAUCUCAUUGAAAUAAGCCUUCGAUCCGUCGGUAUUACGUUCACCAGGCUCGAUGGCACAAUGUCUAGAACAGCUCGCACGGCCGCAAUGGACAGUUUCCGAGACGACAACAACGUUCACGUCAUCCUCGUUUCCAUCAUGGCGGGUGGGCUGGGCCUCAACUUGACGUCUGGAAACAAUGUAUAUGUUAUGGAGCCACAAUACAACCCUGCCGCCGAAGCCCAGGCUAUUGAUCGAGUCCACCGCCUGGGACAAAAGCGGCCCGUUCGGACCGUGCGAUAUAUCAUCCAAGACAGCUUUGAGGAAAAGAUGCUAGAGUUGCAGGACAAAAAGAAGCGAUUAGCAAGUCUCAGCAUGGACGGCCAGAGUAAGACUCUGGACAAACGUGAAGCAGCGAUGCAAAAAUUGAAGGACAUUCGAAGCCUCUUCAAAUAG